CUCUUUUCCAAGUCUUCGACACGGUCUGGCAGAGUCUCUGGUCAUUUGGCAAUACUCACUGGGCUUUUUCUUUUGGGAAAGAGAUAGCUGCGGGUCAGUACUUUGUGUGCUCGCAAAUUGCCGACGGGUGUCACGAAGAAGAGAGGCUCAGCAACAUGGGAAUGGCGCAUUAGGAAGACGAUAUUUAUUGACCUUGUGACUUUGGUCAGGUGCGACACUCUUUUGAGGCUUUGCGCGACGGAGGACCCGGGUGUUGUGAGAGAAUUAAAUUGGAUGGAUGGUGGUCGCUUGACUCACCGGCUUGGAUUCAACUCAACGGCGUCCCCAACAUACCAAGAAUCUUUAUAAAGACCACCAUCCUCCUAAGCCUUCCAUCGGACUUCCAGGCUUCGACUCCCAAAACUCACACGCAAAGCCAACCUCCACCUCGGCUGGAAUCAACGACAUGCCUUCUAUCUUCAAGAAAAUCUUCCACUCAUCCUACGCCGGCGGGAAACGCAAUCCGUACCGGGACCCCAAACAUGUUCUCAACAAGUCCGCACCUUCGUUGCCAACGACGCCAGCCACCAAGCCUACGCCAGCGCCAGGGCGCCCCGCCUCGCCGCGGGGCUCACACGACUAUCUUGCCGAAGCACGGGCGGUAGUUGGCCGGGAUCCGGUUACGGGGAAGCGACUGCGGGAUCGUUCGCAGAUGGGAAGCAGGGGAGGUGUGGACGUGAGUGGAUAUGGGGGAGAUGGAGCCGGCGCUGGCACGGCGAACGGAGAGGGUGCCGGGGGCAGUGGAAGAAGGGCGGGAGAAGGAGGAGAGAAGAGCGGGGUUGGUGAGAGAAAUGAGGGCGCUCAGAAGGCUAUGGGGAUGCGGUAUGAUUUGCUUGUGCAGGAGAUGCUAGAGAGCAAGAGGAAGAGAGAAGCGUGGAAGGACCCGGAGCAGGGUUAUUAUGCGCCUGAGAGGAGGGUGGGGGAGUUCUAUGCCCCGCUGGGGAGGUGAGCAGUUUUUAGGCGAGGGGAUUGGGAGGGAAGACAGAGGGCCUAGAGACGGAGAUUGAGUAUGGACGGUGGGCUGAGAGAUUUCCAGGGGAGAUACCCUAAUUUCUUGUGUUAACCUAACUUUUGAUCACCUAUUUUCAGAACUUUCCUCAAGGAUAGCGAGUAGCAAUGGUAGCCUCGCUGUUGAAAACACCACU